AUUAAGCUAUGAGCGAUGGAUUCCAAUGACGGGGAUGAAUUUGGACUGAACUACGAAAAGUACUACGGUCAAAGUUCGAUAUUUAGCGCCAGAUUUGCCUUGGGAAUCUUCACUGAGUUUAUCGGAACGUUCAUCAUCAAUUAUGUUGGAUUACUAGCAUGUCUGCUCCAUGCCACCGACCAACUUGAUGUCAAUGCUUUAGUUGUUGGUUGCGCUUUCGGUGGAUCGUACCUCUUUGUAUCAAAAAUAUUCCGGAAGAUAGGGAGCUGUCAUUUCAACCCAAUGUUGUCGCUGUGUUCACUCUUCUUUGGUAACCUGUCCAUCCUCUACUGCUUCCUCUCUUUCCUGGCUCAGAUUGCAGCAGUCAGCCUCGCUACCUCCGUCCUUACUUCUCUUCAUAGGGAGUACGACAUACUCUACGCAACUGUCUUUAAGCCAGAAGGAAUAUCGACCAUGGCAAUGUUAGUCGCAGAAUUUUCUGGCUCACUUCUAGUGAUAAGCUCCAGAUUGGUAACAACUGACAAGGCUAAUCUCGAUAACUACUACACUUCUCUCUCUAUGGUGCUCUCCAUUACUGUUUUCAUACCGUACAGUGGAGGAGCUAUAAACCCAGCUCGUGCUAUCGGAGCUAGUCUGUUCACCCUCCAGGAAGUCCCUGAUUAUUAUUGGAUAUAUUGGUGUGGCCCACUGUUGGCCUCCUUUAUUACAAUCAUACUACUGUCUUUAUCUUCAGACAUAUUGGUGUGGCCCACUGGGGGCCUCCUUUAUUACAAUCCUACUACUGUCUUUAUCUUCAGAUAUAUUGGUGUGGCCCACUGGGGGCCUCCUUUAUUACAAUCCUACUACUGUUUACUGGCGUACUUCGCAAGAAAGACACAGCUACAGACUAAAUCAACUUCAGGUUUCAGAGACAACGGUGAUUUUCUCCACAGCGUGAUUUCCUGAGGGUGAGGAAGAGGUUAAGGAUAGUUCCGGAACGUUUAUGGAUUGUGGGCAGAAGAUAAUGCAAAUAUUUAUUUUGAUUAACUUUUUCAUGUUAUUGAAUAUACCCAUUUUGUAACUGUAAACAUAAAAUUAGGGGUCGUUCACAUAUAUUACGUAAUUAGGGGGGUUCCCAAAUCAUUAUGCUAGUGUAAUAUUGUAUUGGUAAAACUGAUAACGGAGCGGGGGUACAAAUUAUUAAAAAAAUUAAUAACGUAUUAUAUGUAAACGCCCCUUAGUACGUUAUUUCUAGUUAAAUUUUCAUAAUAUACGCCCGCUCAGAUUGGUGAGCUUGCACUAAAGAAUCUGACAAAGAGCUCUACGUUCUUCAAUCAUUUCGCUACAAUUUUUUUCCACCUUUGCAUUUAUUGUGCGAUGACUCGAUUUAAUGAUGUUUUCACUUUUGUCUUCAACUAUCGAUUAGAAGAGUUGUGUACAUGGACACACCAUUGCGGCCAACUGAUUACUGUAACUUGCACUCCCCACACGACCACAGACCUCAAUUUAGGGUGAUAUCUUGAUCAGUCCUCAAUUAUCUCAACUAACAAGCUAUAGAUCUUGAAAAUUGAGACAUUUGUGCGGAGAUUAAGAAAAUCUAAGGGCUUUUAUAA